UUAGCUUUCCCUUUUUUACCAGCAGCCCAUCCAUCUCUGAUCUCUCUCUCUCUUAACUUCCUGUAUUUAGCUGAGGAGACCACAACCCUAGAGUCACUGAUCAGGCUAAAAAGCUCUUUUUGUUGGGCUAAUAAUUGCUCUUCCUCUCAUAAAAGAGUAAAGAGUGGGAGUAAAGAGUGAGCUUCAGAAGCAUUUCGAAAUGAUCGAAGAGGGUCGAGCAGCCGCAUCUCCGCCGCAUGGUUUUUUGCUUCUGGUGGUGGCCGGAGUACUCGCGGCGGCACCGUUCUUCCUCGGAGAUGGAGGCGCCGCCGUUACAGAAGCCAUAUCGGACUUGCUGAGCCCGGCGGGACUCCUACUUCUCCCGGUGGUUCUUGUUUUCCUCAUCCGUUUCCUUUCUUCAGACCGAGCCUAUGCUGUCUCCGAUCUCUUUUCCUUCGGCUCGCCGGAUGCCAUCCACCGCGUUGGUGGGUCUCCGUUAGGCGUUGCUGCCGUCCUCGUCCUCCUUCUCUUUCUUCUGUACUAUCGCGUCUCCAUCUUUUCCGACGACGACGCCGGCGACUGAGAUGGAUCGGCCGCUUCCCGUUUUGCCCCUGCCGUACGGGGUCAUUUUCGACUUUUCGUCAAUGUCUUCGUGUUAGCAGAUCUGUAGCUUUGUUUUUGUACAUUUAUGAAAUGCUGAUCUUUACCUGGCCCCUCAGCAAAAAUCUUCUUGUAUC